AUGGCUCCGAAUGGAAAAAUGCGCGAGAUCGUCUCGCUUCACGUUGGCCAGGCUGGCGUUCAGAUUGGAAAUGCUUGUUGGGAGCUUUAUUGCUUGGAGCAUGGUAUCCAGCCCGAUGGUCUAAUGCCGGAAGAUAAAACUGUGGGAGUCGAAGAUGCGUCUUACAAUACAUUCUUCUCAGAAACGCAGAGUGGGAAGCAUGUUCCACGCGCUGUAUUUGUGGACUUGGAGCCUACUGUAGUGGACGAAGUACGUACUGGCAUCUAUGCGAAACUCUUCCAUCCGGAGCAGCUUAUCACCGGCAAGGAGGACGCUGCAAAUAACUAUGCUCGAGGGCACUACACCAUUGGGAAGGAACUCAUCGAUGUGUGCAUUGACCGAGUUCGAAGGCUCUGUGAACGCUGUGCGUCUCUCCAAGGCUUCCUAAUUUUUCGCUCCUUUGGUGGUGGAACCGGCAGUGGCUUCGCCGCAUUGAUGAUGGAACGUUUAUCCGUUGAUUUUGGCAAGAAAGCCAAACUAGAGUUCAGCAUCUACCCAGCUCCUCAGAUCAGCACAGCCAUGGUUGAACCUUACAACUCCUUGCUCACAACUCACACCACAUUGGAGCACUCAGACUGUUCGUUCAUGCUUGACAACGAAGCCAUCUACGAGAUUGCUAAGACAAAUUUGAAUGUCAGAAGCCCGACCUACACAAAUCUCAAUCGACUGAUUGCUCAAGUUGUAUCUUCAAUAACAGCAUCUCUGCGUUUUGAUGGAGCUUUGAAUGUGGAUCUUACUGAAUUCCAGACGAACCUCGUUCCUUAUCCAAGAAUACAUUUUCCACUGGUGACCUACGCUCCAAUCAUAUCGGCAGAGAAGGCUUAUCAUGAGCAGCUUACCGUUUCCGAGAUCACAAAUGCAUGCUUCGAACCAGGGAGCCAAUUGGUGAAAUGUGAUCCACGUAAUGGAAAAUACAUGGCAUGCUGUUUGUUAUUCAGAGGAGAUGUCGUUCCGAAGGAUAUCAACUCGGCCAUAUCUGUAAUCAAAACAAAAAGAAAUAUACAAUUUGUGGACUGGUGCCCAACUGGCUUCAAAGUUGGCAUCAACUAUCAGCCGCCUACCGUGGUACCCAACGGUGAUAUGGCAAAACUCCAGCGAGCAGUCUGCAUGUUAUCCAACACCACUGCUAUCCAGGAAGCUUGGGCAAGGCUGGACCAUAAAUUUGACCUGAUGUAUGCAAAACGAGCAUUCGUACACUGGUACGUUGGCGAAGGCAUGGAAGAAGGUGAAUUCUCCGAAGCACGCGAAGAUAUGGCAGCUCUCGAGAAAGACUAUGAGGAAGUCGGCGUCGACUCGUUUGAUCCUAAUGAUGAGGAAUAUUGA